UUGGAAAAAAAAAAAAAAGACGGGGAUUUCGACUUAAUCCUGUAUGUGUUGGAAAGUGUGAGGAGGAAAAAUAAUAUCUUUUAAGCUCUUCUGGCUAGGCUAAUAAUCAAAUUAACAUGAGACAGGUUAACAGGAGGAAAUGACCAAAUUUAUUACAUAUCUACAUCUGGGGGCUGCUAAGGCUCAUAUGCCAUCUUGAGCGAAGGAAAAGGGGGUGGAGAGGGGAUUAUGGGCUGGGACUUCAAAGGGCAGGAAGGAAACUUACAUGGAGAUGAAAGGCAAAUGUUUGGUUAAUAAAUGUUUGCUGGGCCAUCUUUAACAAUGGGACAUAGAGAGGACCUUGAUUAUACUUAGUUUAUAUCCAAAUGUACUUAUCAAUAACAACAGCCUCCCUUUCUGGAGCAGGUUCUCUAUCUAAAUUCUUUAAGUCAUUUCCGGGGCUAGGCCAAAGGCUCUUCCUGAGUCUUUUGUUUCUGAAAAAUAACCAGCUUAAAAUACUCAAUAUCCCCAACAUCCCCAAAUAUUUUGGAGUGGAAAACUCUGCUUCCCCUCAAAAAUUAUUGAAGGAUUUUGAGGAGGGGAGUGAUAGACUUGUGCUUUGAAAAGAUAGUUUUUGGCUGCAGUGGAUGAUGGGGAGAGCUGAAAGCCAGGAGAGAGAGGCUACUUACCCUCAAAGCCAGGCUAGAGAUGAGCAGAUUUGGGAUUCCGGCAACAGGGAGGAUGGGAUUCAAGCAUGCAACUGAAGAGCCAGAAAAGAACAUUCAGGAAGGUGGACCAGGGACUCAGAGAUGGAAUCACAUCACAGACUUCUCACAAAUGCUUAUCAACUCUAGGGACUACAGAGGAGGUUAGUGCAGGACCACUGGGGAGAAGUGGUUAGAUUAGAGGACAUUGCCAUAAAAAGCUUCACGUUUCCUUUUCUUCAGAGAGCCACAGCACUUCUCCCAGGGUCUCAAGAGUAUCCGCUUCUACCAUUGAUUACAGUCUCUGCAGAAAUGAGCUUUGCCUAGGACACACCUUAAAGCAUUCCCUAGCGGUCUGGUCAGCUCUGUCAAGGGUUGUCUAGAUCCAGGAUGUGUGUGGAUCCCAGUGACAAGAGAAGGGACUCACUUUACAAAAGCAUACUUUCUUUCUGGCCAGGAAAAGUGUCCAUGGGAAGAAAAAGCAGAGAAAGAAGUCAGAGGGUUUCCAUGGGAAUUCCUGAGAACCAUGGAAAACUAAGGACAACUGGCAACAAAGUUAGAAGGCCUGGCUGGAGCUCUGGGAAAGAAUAGGCAUGAGGCCAAAUGCUAUUGGCAGUCAAGGAAGGCUUAGGACACUGAGUUGGCUCAAAGCCUGGACAGGGGAGGGAGGCAGUAACGCUAGGAAAUGUUAGCUUUUCCUUGAGUUGAUUAUAGGCCCGCUUAUAAAAUUCUAUCCGUUUCCUUAUAAUUGUACCUGGGUCAAGUUCUCGUUACUUUCCUCUCUCUUGCUCCAUUGUUUCCUAUCUUUGUUCCAAACUUUCCCUCAUACUCACAUUGCCUUUGGGAGAAGAUUUCUUGCUAAAGUCCCUCUUCGGUCUUUGAGGAGCAUUGGUGGGGGCAUUCUUGGGCCAUUGUCAAUAAUGGACUCAUUUCUAAUCAUUUCCUUUCGGGCUCAAGUGUAAAAUAAUGAGGAGCAUAACUUAGCCGUUCCUGUUCUAACCUUCAGAGCCAAGACAGGAAUUACCAUUCAUUGGCAUUUCCUUGGCAUAUCGCAAAGCAUGUUUCGGCCACCAAGGAGAGAUGGUCCUCACUGGAUUGUUGUGGCACAUACGGAAGAAAUGCAUUGUUGUAAUAAGUGGAAGAGAGAGAUUUUGGUGCCACUGCCACACAAGGUCUUCCACUUCAGCACGAUGGCACUGCCCAGAAAAGUGAAGCUACUACUGCUGUUCCUGGUUUCCCAGAUGGCCAUCUUAGCUCUCCUCAUCCAUUCGUACAGAAACCACCUCAACUCCCUGUCUACAAGGGAGGAGCCCAAGCCCAUGCACGUGCUGGUCCUGUCUUCCUGGCGCUCCGGCUCUUCUUUUGUGGGCCAGCUUUUUGGGCAGCACCCAGAUGUCUUCUACCUGAUGGAGCCUGCCUGGCACGUCUGGAUGACCUUCACAGAAAGCACCCCCUGGAGUCUGCAUAUGGCAGUGCGGGAUCUGAUCCGGUCUGUCUUUCUGUGUGACAUGAGCGUCUUUGAUGCCUACAUGAAACCUGGUCCCCGAACACAGUCCAGCCUCUUCCAGUGGGAGACCAGCCGGGCCCUGUGCUCCCCGCCUGCCUGCAACGUCUUCCCGCGGGAUACGAUCAUAUCCCAGGCUCACUGCAAGGUCCUGUGCAAGAAACAGCCCUUUGAGGUGGUGGAAAAGUCCUGCCGCAACUACAGCCAUGUGGUGCUCAAGGAGGUGCGUUUCUUCAACCUGCAGGUGCUCUACCCGCUGCUGAGGGACCCUUCCCUCAAUCUACACAUCGUGCACCUGGUCCGGGACCCCCGGGCGGUGUUCCGUUCCCGAGAACGCACCGCAAUGGAACUCAUAAUUGACAGUCGGAUUGUGAUGGGGCAGGACCGGCAGAAACUCAAGGAGGAGGAGCAACCCUACCAUGUGAUGCAGACCAUCUGCCACAGCCAGCUGGAGAUCUACAAGGCUGUGCAGUCCUUGCCCAAAGCCCUGAGGCGGCGCUACUUGCUCAUGCGCUAUGAGGACCUGGUCCAGGACCCCCUGGCCGAAACUGCCCGAAUGUACAAAUACGCGGGGUUGAAAUUCUUGCCCCAUCUCCAGACUUGGGUGCACAACAUCACCCGAGGCAAGGGCAUUGGUACUCAUGCCUUCCAUACAAAUUCCAGGAAUGCCCUCAACGUCUCCCAGGCCUGGCGCUGGUCCUUGCCUUAUGGAAAGGUUUCUCAACUUCAGGAAGUCUGCCGCGACACCAUGAAUUUGCUGGGUUACCGCCUAGUCAGAUCUGAGCAAGAGCAGAGAAACCUAUCGCUGGAUCUUCUGUCUACCCAGAGCCUCUUCCGGCAAUUCUAUCAAGAGGGUUGAGGAGGCUCUGUCCCCACCUGGCACCAGCCUCAACCACCGUUACCUGAAGGCUGCUUCUGAGACUUAAGUAUGUCUCUGUUGGUAUACGGUGAGCACAAGUUGUGCCCACACAUGCUCAAACCGAGAACUCUUUGGGUCUCUACUCAUGUCUAGAAAAGAGACUCAGGAAUUUUAUGUGAGCGGCACAUCCCACCACUGAAAAAGGCGUAUUGUCUCUCUUCUUGGCCUUCCUAUCUGUGGAUACCGCUGAGGCUCUGUAGCAUGGGGCCCUACUUGGCACCACGCAGUAUCAGUGGAGUGAAUCCAUUAACUUCUCUUUCCACAUCUUGCCCAAUGGGAAAAGGGGAGCGGCAGGAAAAACCAGGGAAAUGGGUCUUCCAGCAAAGAGCCCACCAGUACAUUUCACAGGCAUGUGAACUUGAAGCCCUCAGAGCUCCCAAGGGAUUCAAAGGGAAUGGGGAACGGGGUUGGGUGUUUACCCAUGAGCUUGACCAUCACAGCUAUCUGUUAUCACAAAUACAAAACAAAAUCUCUGCACAACAGAGCAAGUUCUUAAGUUCAUGGGUGGCUGGGCCCGAUCUCAACAUCAUUUCCCCCUCAGUGUUUUCCUCACCCAUAGAGGAUUUUGACCUGUGAAGCUGCCAUCUGUUAACAUUAAAAUUCCAAAAUAAUAAGGAUCUGUUUGAAGUGUCCCCUUUUAUGGCUGUUUUUUUUUUUUUUACACUUUUGCUAUUAUCUAUCACCCUCACAUAGAAAACAUUCCAAGACAAUGUUUGGUGCCAGAUGAUAAACUAAGUCUAAACUGAUCAAUGUUGAUUGAUACAUUGCCCUCUUAAGAAUAUGUAGAAAGUAGACAACCAGCAACUAGGCCCUUUCUCCCUUGUGUGAGGCAUAAGCUGUAAUAACAGCAUAUGCAUCACGCUAGGGACUGGGCAGUGUUCUUUUCAUCUGAUCCCUCAGCCAGAGGACUUCAGCUCAGUAUGACGGGUGCUCUUUAUCUCUUCUAGCUGACCUCUCCUCACAAGAAAAGUUGUUUCUCCCAGUCUUUGCAGAAUUCCCCAGAUCUAGUUGUGCAUCAGAAUCAUUAGUUAAAAAUGCAUUGUGCCAGGUCCUACCUCAGAUUUGCUGGAAUUGGAAUCUCCCAGGGCAGGGAAUGGGAUUCUGUAUACCAGGGGUGCCAAAAAAAUGUGUACAAGUGGACACUUUGGUCAGUGUUACU